AUUACUACUGCUGUUACUGCUGAAACACCAUCCACAGGAACACCACCUCCCAUUGGAACAGAAACGCCAUCAACAGCUACCACAACUUCUGUUCCACCAACACCUAUAUCACCUGAAAUUACCACUGCUGUUACUGCUGAAACACCAUCCACAGAAACACCACCUCCCAUAGGAACAGAAACGCCAUCAACAGCUACUACAACUGCUGUUCCACCGACACCCAUAUCACCUGAAAUUACUACUGCUGUUACUGCUGAAACACCAUCUACUGAAACACCACCUCCCAUAGGAACAGAAACGCCAUCAACAGCUACUACAACUGCUGUUCCACCAACACCCAUAUCACCUGAAAUUACUACUGCUGUUACUGCUGAAACACCAUCUACAGAAACACCACCUCCCAUUGGAACAGGAACACCAUCAACAGCUACUACAACUGCUGUUCCACCAACACCCAUAUCACCUGAAAUUACUACUGCUGUUACUGCUGAAACACCAUCUACAGAAACACCACCUCCAGUACGAACAGGAACACCAUCAACAGCUACUACAACUGCUGUUCCACCAACACCUAUAUCACCUGAAAUUACUACUGCUGUUACUGCUGAAACACCAUCUACUGAAACACCACCUCCCAUAGGAACAGAAACGCCAUCAACAGCUACUACAACGGCUGUUCCACCAACACCCAUAUCACCUGAAAUUACUACUGCUGUUACUGCUGAAACACCAUCUACAGAAACACCAUCUACAGAAACACCACCUCCCAUAGGAACAGGAACACCAUCAACAGCUACUACAACUGCUGUUCCACCGACACCCAUAUCACCUGAAAUUACUACUGCUGUUACUGCUGAAACACCAUCCACAGAAACACCACCUCCCAUAGGAACAGAAACGCCAUCAACAGCUACUACAACUGCUGUUCCACCAACACCCAUAUCACCUGAAAUUACUACUGCUGUUACUGCUGAAACACCAUCUACAGAAACACCAUCUACAGAAACACCACCUCCCAUAGGAACAGGAACACCAUCAACAGCUACUACAACGGCUGUUCCACCAACACCUAUAUCACCUGAAAUUACUACUGCUGUUACUGCUGAAACACCAUCUACAGAAACACCAUCUACAGAAACACCACCUCCCAUAGGAACAGGAACACCAUCAACAGCUACUACAACUGCUGUUCCACCGACACCCAUAUCACCUGAAAUUACUACUGCUGUUACUGCUGAAACACCAUCCACAGAAACACCACCUCCCAUAGGAACAGAAACGCCAUCAACAGCUACUACAACUGCUGUUCCACCAACACCCAUAUCACCUGAAAUUACUACUGCUGUUACUGCUGAAACACCAUCUACAGAAACACCACCUCCAGUACGAACAGGAACACCAUCAACAGCUACUACAACUGCUGUUCCACCAACACCUAUAUCACCUGAAAUUACUACUGCUGUUACUGCUGAAACACCAUCCACAGGAACACCACCUCCCAUUGGAACAGAAACGCCAUCAACAGCUACUACAACUGCUGUUCCACCAACACCCAUAUCACCUGAAAUUACUACUGCUGUUACUGCUGAAACACCAUCUACAGAAACACCACCUCCAGUACGAACAGGAACACCAUCAACAGCUACUACAACUGCUGUUCCACCAACACCCAUAUCACCUGAAAUUACUACUGCGGUUACUGCUGAAACACCGUCCACAGAAACACCACCUCCCAUAGGAACAGAAACGCCAUCAACAGCUACUACAACUGCUGUUCCACCAACACCCAUACCGCCUGAAAUUACUACUGCUGUUACUGCUGAAACACCAUCUACUGAAACACCACCUCCCAUAGGAACAGAAACGCCAUCAACAGCUACUACAACUGCUGUUCCACCGACACCCAUAUCACCUGAAAUUACUACUGCUGUUACUGCUGAAACACCAUCUACAGAAACACCACCUCCCAUAGGAACAGAAACGCCAUCAACAGCUACUACAACUGCUGUUCCACCAACACCUAUAUCACCUGAAAUUACUACUGCUGUUACUGCUGAAACCCCAUCUACAGAAACACCAUCUACAGAAACACCACCUCCAGUACGAACAGGAACACCAUCAACAGCUACCACAACUUCUGUUCCACCAACACCUAUAUCACCUGAAAUUACCACUGCUGUUACUGCUGAAACACCAUCCACAGAAACACCACCUCCCAUAGGAACAGAAACGCCAUCAACAGCUACUACAACUGCUGUUCCACCGACACCCAUAUCACCUGAAAUUACUACUGCUGUUACUGCUGAAACACCAUCUACUGAAACACCACCUCCCAUAGGAACAGAAACGCCAUCAACAGCUACUACAACUGCUGUUCCACCAACACCCAUAUCACCUGAAAUUACUACUGCUGUUACUGCUGAAACACCAUCUACAGAAACACCACCUCCCAUUGGAACAGGAACACCAUCAACAGCUACUACAACUGCUGUUCCACCAACACCCAUAUCACCUGAAAUUACUACUGCUGUUACUGCUGAAACACCAUCUACAGAAACACCACCUCCAGUACGAACAGGAACACCAUCAACAGCUACUACAACUGCUGUUCCACCAACACCUAUAUCACCUGAAAUUACUACUGCUGUUACUGCUGAAACACCAUCUACUGAAACACCACCUCCCAUAGGAACAGAAACGCCAUCAACAGCUACUACAACGGCUGUUCCACCAACACCCAUAUCACCUGAAAUUACUACUGCUGUUACUGCUGAAACACCAUCUACAGAAACACCAUCUACAGAAACACCACCUCCCAUAGGAACAGGAACACCAUCAACAGCUACUACAACUGCUGUUCCACCGACACCCAUAUCACCUGAAAUUACUACUGCUGUUACUGCUGAAACACCAUCUACAGAAACACCACCUCCCAUAGGAACAGAAACGCCAUCAACAGCUACUACAACUGCUGUUCCACCAACACCCAUAUCACCUGAAAUUACUACUGCUGUUACUGCUGAAACACCAUCUACAGAAACACCACCUCCAGUACGAACAGGAACACCAUCAACAGCUACUACAACUGCUGUUCCACCAACACCUAUAUCACCUGAAAUUACUACUGCUGUUACUGCUGAAACACCAUCUACUGAAACACCACCUCCCAUAGGAACAGAAACGCCAUCAACAGCUACUACAACUGCUGUUCCACCAACACCCAUAUCACCUGAAAUUACUACUGCUGUUACUGCUGAAACACCAUCUACAGAAACACCAUCUACAGAAACACCACCUCCCAUAGGAACAGGAACACCAUCAACAGCUACUACAACUGCUGUUCCACCGACACCCAUAUCACCUGAAAUUACUACUACUGUUACUGCUGAAACACCAUCUACAGAAACACCACCUCCCAUAGGAACAGAAACGCCAUCAACAGCUACUACAACAGCUGUUCCACCAACACCUAUAUCACCUGAAAUUACUACUGCUGUUACUGCUGAAACACCAUCUACAGAAACACCACCUCCAGUACGAACAGGAACACCAUCAACAGCUACCACAACUGCUGUUCCACCAACACCUAUAUCACCUGAAAUUACCACUGCUGUUACUGCUGAAACACCAUCCACAGAAACACCACCUCCCAUAGGAACAGAAACGCCAUCAACAGCUACUACAACUGCUGUUCCACCGACACCCAUAUCACCUGAAAUUACUACUGCUGUUACUACUGAAACACCAUCUACAGAAACACCAUCUACAGAAACACCACCUCCGAUACGAACAGGAACACCAUCAACAGCUACUACAACUGCUGCUCCACCGACACCCAUAUCACCUGAAAUUACUACUGCUGUUACUGCUGAAACACCAUCCACAGAAACACCACCUCCAGUAAAAACAGAAACACCACCAACAGGUACUACAACUGCUGUUCCACCAACACCUAUAUCACCUGAAAUUACUACUGCUGUUACUGCUGAAACACCAUCCACAGAAACACCACCUCCAGUACGAACAGAAACACCACCAACUACAACAUUUGUUACAUCAUCACUUUUGACAACAACACCUCCAGUGACACAAAAACCAUCAACAAUGUUCACGGUGCAUACAGAAUCAACAACUAAAAUGACACUUGUCACAUCACCUCAAAUUGUCAUCACAACGAGCUGCCAUUGCACAUAUGCAAAUCAAACAUUCCCACCCGAGUCUGUGAUCUACAACAAAACUGAUAAAGCAGGAUGGUGCUACUUUGCUUACUGCAACUCCAAUUGUGUUAGUGAAAUAACACAGAAACCAUGCCCUCAGACUACUACAGUUCCAGUUUCAACUGUUCCAAAUGACUGUACUGAUGUCAACAGAAAGAAUGGAGAGUCAUGGAAUGAAGGAUGUACCACUAAAAACUGCAUAAAUGGGAAUGUCACCACAAGCCCUGCACAGUGUGAUCCAGCUGAUUCUGUCAUACCUACAUGUGUCAAUGGACUUAAACCUGAGAAGGUUUAUUAUAACAAUGGCUGCUGCACUAAGUAUGAGUGUCAAUGUCGAUGCAGUGGCUGGGGUGACCCUCAUUACAAUACUUUUGAUGGAACUUAUUAUGUUUUCCAAGGAAACUGCGACUAUGUAUUGGUCCGAGAAAUCAUUCCAAAAUACAAUAUCAGUGUCCAUGUUAAAAACUAUUAUUGCGAUGUUACAAAUAAUUUUGCUUGCCCGGAGUAUGUGAUUGUGAAGUACAAAUCCUAUGAAAUCAAGCUAUCCAGUAACAGUAAAGAAAUGCAGGUCUAUGUCAAUGAUGUUGUAAAGGUCCCAACUUUCUUGAAUGAAGACUUCAGCAUUACCACUUCUGGCAUGGCAGUAAUUCUGAACAUCAAUGAAAUCAAAGCUGAAAUUUUAGUCAGUCAUCAAGGUUUUGAGAUCAAUCUUCCGUUCUCCUACUUCCAUGGUAAUACAGAGGGACAGUGCGGGACUUGUGACAAUGAUGCCACAAAUGACUGUAGACGUCCUGAUGGAACAAUUGACCAAUCAUGUGAGCAAACGGCAGCAUUGUGGGCAGACUCUCCAGGAUGUGAAAUCCUUCCACCAAAUCCAAGCGAACCUACUCCUUCCUGCACAGCACAAAUCUGUGAGGUCAUCAAGAGCGAUUUGUUCAAGAGCUGUCAUGACAUCAUUCCCUAUCAAAGCUACUAUGAGGCAUGUAAAUAUGAUGUGUGCUACAAAAAUGACUCCAUGGCCUGUGCCAGUGUGGAGGCCUAUGCACAGCAAUGUGGCCAGCAGUCUAUCUGUGUGGACUGGAGAGACUCAGCCGACCUCAACGGACUAUGCGCAUACAAAUGUGCCGAUCACAAAGUCUACAAGGCAUGUGGGCCUAAAGUGGAAAAAACCUGCAGUACAAGAUACAAUGAGAUGUUUGUGGAAAACCAAAGCAAAAAUGACCAUCAAACAUUCAUGGAAGGUUGUUUCUGUCCCGACAACACAUAUCUAGUUAGUUCAACAACAGAUAAGUGUACACCUACUUGCGAUUGCAUCGGCCCUGAUGGAAUACCAAGACAGCCUGGAGAUACAUGGAUCGUUAACUGCACAACAUACAAGUGCUCCAAUGAGAGCUUUGGUGUUGUUCAGGAGCCUAUGAAUUGUCCGACCUCAAAGCCCUGUGGCUACGGAUACAAAAGCGUGAUUAAAAACUGCUGUCCAACCUGCGUGUGUGAUACCAGCCUGUGUUCUACGAAAUGUGAUGUGGGAUAUGAGUUAGCAGCAAAUAUACCUGAGAACAGUUGUUGUGCACCCUGUGUGCCCAAAGAAGUCUGUGUAUACAAUAACUCUGAGUACCAGCCUGGAGUUAAAAUCCCUACGGAGCCUUGUUUGGAAUGUUACUGUGAAAUGGCUAAGGACCCACAGACUGAACUACAUGCUGUGAAUUGUGUUAAUAAAAUCUGUACACCUUGCGCUGAGGGCUUUGAGCGUGUGGAACAAGAAGGAGAGUGCUGCGGAACAUGCAAGCAAACUGCCUGUAUUUAUACUGCGCCAGACAACACCACACAUACUCUCAAAGUUGGAGAAGUGCAAAAUUACAAAUGCGAGAGUGUUACCUGCAGUGAAACUAAUGGCUUGUUCGUAACAGAGAAGAUCACACCAAAAUGCCCUGACUUUAAUCCAGAUGACUGUGAGCCUGGAACUGAGAGAUAUGAUGCAGAUGGAUGUUGCAAGAUCUGUGAGCCCAAGACCUGCAUUGUUCUGAAGAACACCACCCAUGUGAAUGCAAACGACUGCAAAUCCAUCUAUCCCAUAGAAGUGACGUCCUGCAGUGGUCACUGUGGCACCCAAUCAAUGUAUUCAAUGGAAAAGAACAUCAUGAUGCACAGCUGUUCUUGUUGCCGAGAAGAGAAAUUCAGCAGUCGACAGGUGACGCUGAAGUGUGCCGAUGACAGCGAGAUCGUUCAUGACUAUGUUUACAUUGAGAGCUGCACAUGCACUCCUACCAAGUGUGAAGAAUAGAAGAUCUGAAGACUGGAUAAAAGAUGCUGAUCUUAAUCAAAGCUUUUCCUUUGAUUAUUGCUAAUUUGAGCUAAAUUACUUGACAUUUUUAAGUAAUGAACUGAACAACAACAACUGAAGUUGUGUUCAGAAUAAUCUAACAAAAACUAAUUCAUGCUUUUAUUCUAUGGCUAUGGUUUUCACUUUAAAUAUGUUAUGAAAUGUUUAAAAUGUCUGUAACGGGACUAUUUCAAUUGUUUGUUUGUUUUCAAGCUUUUUUGCUUUCUUCUAUGAUGUAAUAAAAAUUCUAUAUAAUUUUGAUGAACACAAUAAAAAGUUAACCUGCAACAAA